AGGCGGGCGAGCGGGCAGGACACGGAGCCGCACUAGGACACACGCCGCAGCCCGAGUAGGGCACGGAGCCGCACUAGGACACACGCCGCAGCCCGACUCGGGCUGAGCCACGCCAGGCCGUACAACACUCCCUCUCUCCUCCACCGGCAGAGACGCGGGCGCGGCCGGGCGGCGGCCGGGGAAGCAUGCGCAGAGCGGCGCCGGGGCGGGCCGGUGGCGGCGCCGGCGGGCCGCGGGAGCAGGCGUGCUUCUUCUCGCUUCCUGUGUCCUGUUACCAGGAGCAUUUCUUCUGGGAGUUCCUCAGGAUGAUGGCGAACAUUGUCGUCCUGAACGUGCUCAUUUGUAUUUCUCUGGUGUUCUGGAUCGUGUCCAUAACUGCAAGUACGUACUACGGUACUUUGCAGCCAAUUUCUCCAUGGCGCUGGCUUUUUUCCAUCUUGGUUCCCCUAAUGAUUGCUACACAGGGCUUUAAGAGGAAGAGUCUUGAUCACAGUGGAGCACUAGGAGGCUUGGUGGUUGGAUUUAUCCUUACAGUUGCAAAUUACAGUUUCUUCACUUCUUUGUUUGUGUUUUUUGUUACUUCUUCAAAACUUACUAAAUGGAAAAAAGAUAUGAAGAAGAAAAUAGAUUCAGAAUACAAGGAAGGUGGCCAGAGGAAUUGGGUGCAAGUCUUCUGUAACGGCGGCAUCCCCACUGAGCUGGCUCUCUUGUAUAUGAUAGAAAAUGGACCAGGUGAAAUUCCAGUAGACUUUUCAAAGCACUACACAGCAUCCUGGAUCUGCUUGGCCCUUUUGGGAGCCUUGGCAUGCUCUGCUGGUGAUACCUGGGCUUCAGAGAUUGGCAGUGUGAUGAGUAAAAGCAAGCCAAGGUUGAUAACCACCUGGGAAAAGGUUCCAGUAGGUACAAAUGGAGCAGUCAGCUUGGUGGGCCUGCUCUCAAGUUGGCUUGGGGGCAUGGCAGUUGGUGCCACUUACUUCAUAACACAGCACAUCGUUGUGAGUGAUCUGGAAACCUCUGCUCCUCAGUGGCCCCUGGUUGUGUUUGGGGCAGCAGCUGGCUUGCUGGGUUCCGUGGUUGACUCAUACCUGGGAGCCACAAUGCAGUACAGUGGUUUUGACCAGAACAUUGGCAUGGUUGUCAACCACCAAACAAAGGAUUCCAAGCACAUAUCUGGCAAACCUAUAUUAGACAACAAUGCAGUGAAUCUUUUCUCUUCUGUAAUCGUUGCUUUGAUGCUUCCGUGCAUGGCCUGGUGCUUCUGGCCUAGGGGGUGAAAUGACUGAAGGUUGUCUGCAUGUGGUUCCUCUGUGUUCAGUCUUAUUCAAAGGCUCUGAAGAGUGCUCUUUGAACUGGCUUGAAGGGAGGGAUCUGAAACUUUCAGAGAGCCAAAGGACUUUUCAUCUCAAGGCUGUAAACUUCGUAUGGCAGUUGGCAUCUCUCAGAGCAAGGAAGGGGUCUUGUCAGUGUGGAUGUAGAUCGUUGCUAAGUGAGGUGAGGCAUUGCCUUUAUCCUUAUGGAGAUGAAAGGUUGCUUGGUGUCUGUGUUCUCUCCAGCUCCCAGCAUCUGGAAGGGAAAAAAAAAAAACAGAACAGAAGCCUAAUGUGCAUCUGUCAGUGCCUUGUGGCUGUUCUGUAUGCCACAGCUUUGUAUUGGCAGUGGUCAGGGGGGUGAAGUGGUGAAUUCUGGUACUUGCCAUAAGCUACACUACAUCAGGUGUUCUCUAAGUGUGUUGGGGGGUGUGGGAGGAGGGAAGGGAAAACUAAGCCUUGUUGCCUGUUCUGUAUCCUGUCUGCACAUCCCUGAGGUGUGGUAAAAGUGAUACCAUCACAUGAUGUUGGAAGCAAAAGAUGGAAUUUGAAAUAAAAACUCCAGAACAAUA